AUGGCCAAAGCCAAGUCCAUUCUCAAAACUUCAACAAGGAAACUAUUCCCGAGGGACUCCAUCGCAAUCCUGCUGGAGGUCAGCAUCUUCACCAACGGCCACUUUCGCCUGCGCCUAGAGCCUGGCCACGGCAAGCAGAGAGGCACCAUCAGAGGAAGCAUCUCGAACCGCCUCGGCAAGCACGAGUUCAGCUUUUGCAGGGAGGACAUGCUCAUCUAUGACUUUGUGCAGGCUUUUCUGCACACCAGCGCCGCCGAGGUGACGAGCCCGCGGAUCUUGGUCCCCGAGGAGAGGGUCGAGGUGCGGGAUUAUGUCAAGUGGUGCAUGAUCUUGGCCAUGUACCGGCACGUGCGUGAGCCUUGUCUUGAUGGUCAUACGGCACCGACUUUGCGCCACAUAUUUCCCACACACGAGUGCUGA